UCAUUAAGGAAACAGCUGCGAGGGGAUGAGAGUGCCGAGAGACGGCCCCGGUCAGUCACUGGGUACCUAGGGUCCAGGAGACAUGUCACAUCAUACAGACUGCACUAGUAUAUGAUUUACUUCAUCAAUAUAUACUGUCCAAGAGUUGUCCCGCCCUUCAGUUACAGUGAGUGUUGAACCGGUCAGGUUAUUCAUCGUCAGAUGGGGUUUAGUGCAUCGUCUUACUUAACGUGUUGUCAUACAAAAUGGAAUAUUUUUACAAUAUUCUCAUGGCAGUGGAACUUGCAUGCCGGGGAGCAGUCAGAGCGACCCGCUCCGUUCUGGCGUACUCCGCGGAUCCCGUGGACCCUGAGCUUAAGAGGCCACUUCUGGCCGAGUCUACUUCAGGCCUCAAGAAACGUCCAAGACCAUCUCUUACAGGGGGACAGAUGGGGACAACAGGAGAAUCACUGGAGCCCCCACUCCCGGAUGUGGUGGUGAGGAUGGGGCCUGCUGGUCGGCUCUCACACUCGCUGCCAGUUGCUAAAGAAACUUUCAUUUCCAUCUCAUGUCAGAUCAUUAUACCAUUCUUCAUCGCAGGUGUAGGAAUGGUGGGUGCUGGAAUCUACCUGGAUAAGUGCCAGAAAUGGAAAGUUUUUCAAGAAGUACCUGAAAUAAUAGUAUUAGUACCAGCACUUUUAGGACUAAAAGGCAAUUUGGAGAUGACAUUGGCUUCAAGAUUGUCAACGGAGGCGAAUCUAGGGAAUAUGGAUGAUAAUAAGGAGCAAUGGAGCAUGAUAACAGCAAACUUGAUCCUUGUCCAGUGUCAAGCAACAGUAGUGGGACUGCUGUCCUCUGUUGUUGCUGUGCUGAUGGUGGCUGGGCUGAGACAAGACUUCAAUCUCCAUCACACUCUGCUGCUCUGUGCAUGCAGCACACUCACAGCUUCCAUAGCCAGUUUUAUCCUAGGACUGGUAACUGCUGCAGUCAUAGUAUUGUCAAAGAAACUAAAUGUAAAUCCUGACAAUAUUGCUACACCGAUAGCUGGUAGCCUAGGAGACAUAACAUCUCUGGCUCUACUGUCUAUUAUUGCUGACCUCUUUCACAGAACUUCAGUUGAUAAGCCGUUACUUCCUGUAGUCGUUAUAGUUAUAUAUAUAGCUGUUAUGCCUUUUUGGUAUUGGAUCUCCAAAAAUAAUAAGUACACCAAGGCCGUCCUCUAUAAUGGUUGGACUCCAGUGGUCAGUGCAAUGCUUAUUAGCACAUUCGGAGGAAUGAUACUGGAUGUGAUGGUGGACGCUCAUAAGGGAGUAGCAGUAUUCCAACCCGUUAUAAAUGGUGUGGGAGGUAACCUGGUUUCCAUCCAAGCUAGUAGGCUCUCUACAGCAUUGCACCAACAAGCUGAACUAGGUUCGCUGCCAGAUCACCUCCCUGUCACUAUCACACCAUGGCAGGCAUUCUUCUCAGAUAGGGCUCAUGCACUAACGGCUCGAGUGCUAAUGUUCCUCAUGGUUCCUGGCCAUAUCAUAUUUUCCUACCUCAUAAAUUACAUCCAGUUUGAAGACCAGUCUCUGACGUUUACAUUUCUGGCCACGUAUCUCCUAGCAGCAGCUGUUCAGGUGGCAGUUCUCCUGUAUAUCGCCUAUAUUUUGACUCACUCCUUCUGGACUCAUAAAAUCAACCCUGACAACAGCACCAUCCCAUAUCUGACAGCUAUUGGAGACCUCCUUGGCAUCAUACUGCUGGGCCUCACUUUUGAGUUCCUUACCUUCAUUGGGCAGCCUAUGAUAAACUAGAUAGUUUAGAAGGAAAAUUAAGCAAUUUAAUGACUGUGAUUUUGCCUUGGUGCAUGUUAGCUGAAAUAUAUAUUUAGAAAGUUUUAACAUAUCUUUUAUUACUUCUGUAGAUAAAUACAGAAUAAAUUCAUAAUUUGGACAAAAAUCAUUUAUUUCAUUAAAAUAACUGUACAUAAAAUAGUUUUGAAUUGUAAAUUAUUAAAAUUAAUGAAUGCUUUCAGUAGGCAAUUAAAAUUAUCUGAGCCAGACUUACAAUACAUUCUUAGAAAUAUAUUUUCUAUCUUACCACACAUUUCUGUGUUAUGUACUAAUUCUGGCCAAAUGUGCGUUAUAAGAGAGUGUAUUCUCCUCUUAUUUUUUACUUGUUUGUAAAUUAUAAUAUUCUGUGUAUGUUACUUAAACAGUUAAAUAUGCUCAUUUUACAUAUAUGUAUUAUUUUAGUAAAGUUAAUUUAAGCAUA